AUGCCGUUGGAGAGCGGGAUUGUCCUUCCUCCAGCACAAAUCCCUGACUUCCUGACAGAGGAGGAGUGCAAGCUCAUCGUCCAUCUGGCCCAGCUGAAGGGGCUGCAGAAGAGCCAGAUCCUACCAACAGAUGACUAUGAGGAAGCCAUGGAAAUGAUAGAAAUCAGCCAGAUGGACAUUUUCAAUCUGCUGGACCACAACCAGGAUGGGCAGCUGCAGCUCAAAGAGGUGUUGACCCACACCCGGCUUGGGAACGGCAGGUGGAUGACCCCCGAAAACAUCCGGGAGAUGUACACUGCGGUCAAGGCUGAUCCUGAUGGGAAUGGUGUGCUGAGCUUGGAGGAGUUCAAACAAUUGAAUAUCCGUGAUUUCCACAAGUACAUGGGAAGCCAGAAAGUGAAGAUGAGUGACUUGGUGCGCAACAGCCAGCACACGUGGCUGUACCAGGGCGAGGGGGCUCACCAGGUGAUGAGAUCCAUACGGCAAAGGGUGAUGCGCCUGACUCGCCUGCCCCCCGAGAUCGUGGAGCACAGCGAGCCCCUCCAGGUUGUGCGCUACGACCAAGGAGGGCACUACCAUGCCCACAUGGACAGUGGCCCCGUCUUCCCCGAGACUGCCUGCAGCCACACGAAGCUGGUCGCCAAUGAAAGCGCUGCCUUUGAGACCUCCUGCCGGUAUGUGACGGUGCUGUUCUACCUGAACAACGUGACAGGGGGAGGUGAAACCGUCUUCCCUAUAGCUGACAACAGGACGUAUGAAGAGAUGUCUCUGAUCCAGAACGACGUGGACCUGCGAGAUACACGGAAAAACUGCGACAAGGGCAAUUUGCGAGUGAAACCUCAGCAAGGCACUGCUGUCUUCUGGUACAACUACCUGUCAGACGGAGAAGGCUGGGUAGGAGAGCUGGACGACUUCGCCCUGCACGGGGGCUGCCUGGUCACACAGGGCACCAAGUGGAUUGCCAACAACUGGAUCAACGUGGACCCCAACCGGCGGCGCCAGCUGCAGUUCCAGCAGGAGAUGGAGAGAUACGCGGGGGCUGGAGCCCCGGGAGCCCCGGGCGAGUGGACAGUGGAUAAAGCGUACAGCGGGAUGCACUUGGAGCUGUAGAGCUGGCGGGAAAAGGCGGCCCGGCCGCACGCACGUGGCCUUUUCCCGCGCUGGGCCGGAGGGGGCGAGGCCGCGCCAAUAAAGCGUGGAGAGACGGA